AAGGUAGAUUUAGAAUUUUGGUUGAGAUUUUUGUCAAACUGGAAUGGUAUCACUAUGUUUCAUGAUUGUUAUUUCACUUCCAGUUAUGACUUUAAAUUAUAUACAGAUGCUGCUUCUACAAUAGGCUUUGGGGGAUAUUUUCAAGGCAAAUGGUUCUCUUCAUAUUGGCCUGUUAAUUUACCUACUUUAACUGAAAAUUUGUCAAUGGCUUUCCUUGAGUUAUACCCUAUUGUAGUAGCAGCAUUGUUAUGGGGCCACCUCUGGCCAUGUAAAAAGAUAUUAUUUUGGUGUAAUAAUGAAGCUACUGUUGCUAUUGUCAGAAAGGGACGCUCUAAAUGUUUAGAAAUCAUGAAACUUAUGCGUCAACUAACAUGGUGUGCAGCUAAGUUUAAUUUUCAUUUUAGUGCUAAACAUGUACCUGGUCAUAUAAACCAAAUUUCUGAUGCUUUGUCUCGUUUUCAGAUGACUCGCUUCCGAAAACUGGCUCCACAGGCAGAGCAGCACCCUCAUAUAUGCCCAAGUGUGUCAGAAGUAAUGUGGUCUUAACAAACACAGUCAACAAACUAUGGUCUAAUGCAGUAGCUAUGAGGACAAGAGCUGUUUAUGAGACAGGAUAUAACCAUUUCAAAACAUUUUUACUUUUAAAUGGGGUCAACCUGAAUGGGAACAAAUUACCUCCUAUAUCUGAAGAACUUUUAUUUUAUUUUGUUGGUCAUUGUUUUCAAAUUCUGAAGUUACAAUAUUCUACUAUUAAGCUGUAUAUUUGUGGUAUUAGAUACAUGUGCCUCAAGGACGAUAUUCCCUCACCCUUUCAAUCAUCAGACAGAGACCACAAAUCAAUGGUUCGACUCUCUUUAUUUCUAAAGUCGGUUAAACGUUCACAAAAACAGUCAGUUAGGCCAAGAUUUCCAAUUACUUCUGACAUACUAAAGCAAAUGUGUGUUAAACUGAAGAGAGGCUUUUUUUUAGAAUUUAUAGACUUAAUGUUUGAAACUGUUUGUAUUGUAGCAUUUCAUGGUUUUUUACGUUGUGGUGAAUUUACUGUAGAUAAUGCAUCUAACUUUGAUUCAGAAUCUAAUUUAUGUGUUUCUGAUGUUACAUUUUAUGAAGAUUUUGCAAUUCUUCACCUAAAGCAGUCAAAAACAGAUCCUUUUAGGAAAGGCAUUGACAUACAAUUGCAUAGGCUAAAUUAUAUCCUAUGCCCUUAUACAACUUUAAAGAACUACUUGCAAUUAAGAUCAGUUAAAGGAAAAUGUGCACAUUCAGAUCCAUUGUUCAUUAAUGAAAAUCUUUCAGCUUUAGAAAGAAAAUAUUUUAUUACAAAUUUAAAAAUUUUAUUAGAAGCCUGUGGAUACCAAGCCGCCCUAUAUAAUGGACAUUCUUUUCGUAUAGGUGCAGCAACCAGUGCUGGUAAAGCUAAUAUUGAAGAUCACUUAAUUAAAACAUUGGGUAGAUGGAGUUCUGAUAGUUAUUGUCGCUAUGUUAGAACAGAUAAAUCUUCUAUUAAGAACGCACAGCAACAAAUUUGUGACAGUUAAAUUUUUUACAGUUAUUAUGUAUAUUAUGUAUGUAUAUAUAUAUAUAUAAAUCUAUGUAGCACUAAG